GCAUGGAUUGCGCUUCUCCCACUCACUGCCGCUCGACUUGUCGGCAUUCUGGCAAAGACGUACUGCCUGGCCUCAGUUAAUGCCUCCGUCUACCAGAUUGCUCGGGGACUUCUCCUUCCCUUCACCUUGAUGUUGUCGCUCCUCGUCCUUCGACCACGCCCAUACUACCCGCCACUGUCGCUUGCCGGAUGCGCCUUGGUCAUGGCCGGCUUUGGCGCCGGAAUGGCUUCCGACUACAGCCAGAUGCUGACCAGUGGCAAGGGCGUCUUUCUGGGAGUCAUUUCGAGCUUCACUACGGCCGUCGAGUCAGUCGUCGUCAAGCGCUUUCUAGGGAAGAGCAGCGAAGGCAUGUGGCAGAUGGUCUGGAUGUCCAACGUCAUGGCUUGUGCGUUUUAUGCGCCACUGCUCCUCUUGUCCGGCGAGAUGGGAACCACCAUGGCUCUCUUCAGCUCGACGGCAACAGCUGAGGUCUCGGCCAGCGCUCGCCAGUUCCUGGGCACCGCCGUGCUUACCGGCGUGGCUGGGUUCCUGCUCACGAUAGCCACGUUCAUGCAGAUCGAAGUCACCAGCCCAACAACUCACAUGAUUGUCACCGCCGCACGAGGUGUCGCCCAAAGUGCCAUCGCCGUCGUAGCUCUUCGAGAGCCAAUCACCGCCAAUCGUGCCGGCAGCAUGGCACUUAUUUUGGGCGGGAGUGCCUUGUACGGGUGGGCGAAAGACCGUUUCGCACACAGCAAGAAAGGAAGCUAUCUGCCCGUUGCUCAAGACGCCCAGCUAGAGAACUUGAACAAAGAGGGUCGUUAG